GGCUACGUGGGGGAGUGAAAUUCACCAACGUAUACUAUGGAAGAUGUCUCUGUUUAAAGGAGCAAUGAUAACUGCGUCAAAGUCAAGAAUAUUAAGCCUUGCGAGGGCAUCUACUCUCCUAAACAACCUCGGCGUCAGGCAGGAGAUUUACCGGCUUCCUGAAAGCUCCCAGCCGGUUUACAUAGCGGGUCAGCGGUGCUUCAGCAACGCCUCCAUCCUUCAGGAGAAGUCUGGGCAGCAGAGUCCAGCAGAAGAUAAGGUUCACCUCACAGAGUCAUGUGUGAAGAGGCUAUCAGAAAUCUUAGAGAAGGGCGAGUACCUGAGAAUACAAGUGGAGGGAGGAGGUUGCUCUGGAUUUCAGUAUAAGUUUUCUGUAGAUCGCAACAAGAAUGAGGAGGACAGAGUGUUUGAGCAGGGGGGAAUGGGCAUCAUCGUUGAUGAAGAGAGUCUGGAGUUUGUGAAGGGAUCCACUGUGGACUUCAGUCAGGAGUUGAUCCGCUCCACCUUCCAGGUCUUGAAGAACCCCCAGGCAGAUCAUGGCUGUUCCUGUGGCAGUUCAUUUUCUGUGAAAGUAUGAUUGAUGCUUCAGAACUGUUUAAUACUUUAGUUCAAUAGUUUAUGAGGUGGAUGAUAAUUAUAACCCAGGAAAACCAACAAGAGAUGUGAAAUUAAUGGGUUCACCAUUUACCUAUUCACUUUUGCAUUACUGCAGCGCUUCAUUGAGACGUGUCUGUGAAACUUCUAAUUUUAGAUUGUAACAUUUUAUUGGUGCUGUUUGUGCUGCCAGAAAGAAAACUUUAACUUCAGGGAAACAAAAAUCUGCAUCUUUUCAAUGGUGACACCGUUUGUCAGACAAAAAGCUGUACGAUCAUUUAAAGCUCAUUUCCUUAUGCAGUUAUGUUGCAAAUAUGCUACUUUGUGUCAGUCAAACAGAAGGUCAGUGGUGAUGGAAUGUGUUAAAUUCCCCUCAACAGAUCUUACUGUUGGAUUACCACUGUGUCUUUCUACAAAAAGGCUACUAGAAUCUUAUCAGAUUUUUGUUGUAAAAUGUUACCAUAUAGGAAAGGAUCAGAGAUGCAAGGUGCAGACAGAUUAACAGAAAGUUGUUCGUGUGUAAUCUAAAGUGGAUUAUGCACUUUAGUGUCAUUUGCUUUAAUAGCUAAUGCAAACACUAUGAGUUCACCUAAUACUCAAGUAUUAGAUUUAGAUUUAGACGGAAUCAAUUCUCUUUAAGCAACUCGGAAGCGGAAUGAUUUGCCAACUUUGGUAUUUUUUGUUUGUUUUUGUGAAAAUGAGGCAAAGUGAGUGAGAUGUAUUGGUUAUUCAGUGUGCUUUUUAAAGACAUGUACAAGCAACUGAUGUUUUCCAACAGAACAAAACUCUUCAGUGUAAAUGCUGUAAAUAAGUCAUAACUGUCAGUUUAAUUUAUGAAGUCUGAGUUGGAAUAAAUGAGUGUACCUAUUAAAUGAAAUUGUGCUGUCAUAAAUCUAAAAA